UCUUAUUUUCACCUUAUCCAACCUGAGCGACACGAGUCUUCCUUCAUGACAGUUUCGUGGCAUAUAGUUUCAACAUGUCUCAGACAUUGGCGAUUGCAACUGCUUUUUUCUGCGGCUACUUUUGCGUCCCGAUGCCUUGACAUUUUGAACACAUACGCCUCGUUCGCAGAUAGCGCAAUCAAUUUCGUUCGCCUUGGUAUGUGUUCGUCGAAGAAUACCACUGCUUGCACCGGGUCCUCUCAGCCCCUGUCUCGAGGCUGUAAAAAUCAGCCAUGGGCAGGAUGAGUGGACUCGGAUCUAGUCAUUCACGGAGUGCUCUCUAUUAUGAAACGGCGGUAUCAAGAUAAUUCGUCGUUCUGUACGCUUAUGCAACUAAGGUCCUUCUUCGCAGGCUUGACGGAAUACGAAGGACUAUAUAAUCCCCGCCUCGAUUCCCGGCUAUCUGCCUCGGAUGAUGAUAGUUAUGACUUUAGUUGGUCGGUACAUUUUCCGAAUACAAAUAAGCUCAUGGCAUAAUGAAAGCUAUGGAAAUUUAACUAAAUCGCUCCGCUAUUAUCCCGGCCUACAUCAUUGCAACAAUCCAUCGUCAGGUGUAUUCGAUUUUGAUAGUAGCGGAACGGCGUUCUGCUUGGACUUGCCUUGGUGACGUUCGUUUAGCCUUUAGAAGCAUUAAGUUGGCUUCAUAAGCGCUCAGGUUUUCUUUAGUCAAUUUAUCAAAUUUCAAAGUAUAUAUUUGAGGGACCGUGAUAUGAUUGAUAUUCUCGGUUUUGGCCAUUAUCUAGUUGUCCAUCGUAGCACAAAGUCUUGAUAACCCGU